GUGCUGCUCCCGCCGCUGAAGGGGAUUGCAACAUGCGUGCUUCUCCCAGUUGAUUGGUGCAGGAAAGCGCUGCCCUGCCUCUUGAAACCCUCCGGUGCCUCCCGUUUAAAUAAAUUGGCUCGAAAGCCGCCGGCUGCCCACCCUUGGCCCCCUCCCGAGGCGGGCUCGGCGGUGCCCGGCCGGAGCCCUGCGGCAAGCAGAGACAUGGUGCGUUGAUGCUGGGCAGAGCCGCAGCCCCGCUGGAGCGAGAGCUUGAUGCCACAGCAACGAUAUUGGCCAACCGGCAGGAUGAGAGCGAGCAGUCCAGGAAAAAGCUCAUCGAGCAGAGCCGCGAGUUCAAGAAAAACACUCCAGAGGACCUGCGCAAACAGGUAGCUCCACUACUGAAGAGUUUCCAGGGAGAGAUCGACGCGCUGGGGAAACGAAGCAAAGAAGCCGAGGCAGCCUUCUUGAAUGUGUAUAAGAGAUUAAUUGAUGUUCCAGAUCCAGUUCCAGCCUUGGAUUUAGGACAGCAGCUCCAGCUGAAGGUUCAGCGUAUGCACGACAUUGAAACAGAGAACCAGAAGCUUAGGGAGACCCUCGAGGAGUACAACAAAGAAUUCGCCGAGGUGAAAAAUCAGGAGGUUACAAUAAAAGCACUUAAAGAGAAGAUCCGCGAGUAUGAGCAGACCCUGAAGAACCAAGCGGAGAACAUAGCCCUGGAGAAGGAGCAAAAGCUGCAGAAUGAUUUUGCAGAGAAGGAGAGGAAACUGCAGGAGACACACAUGUCCACAGCCUCCAAGCUGGAAGAAGCCGAGCACAAGGUUCAAGCUUUGCAAACAGCCUUGGAAAAAACCAGAACAGAGCUGUUUGAUCUGAAAACAAAAUACGAUGAAGAAACUACUGCAAAGGCUGAUGAAAUCGAGAUGAUCAUGACAGACCUCGAAAGAGCAAACCAGAGGGCAGAGGUGGCUCAGAGAGAGGCAGAGACCUUAAGGGAGCAGCUCUCCUCGGCUAACAAAUCUCUGCAGCUUGCUACGCAGAUCCAGAAGGCUCCUGAUGUGGAGCAGGCCAUCGAGGUGCUGACACGCUCCAGCCUGGAAGUAGAGCUGGCUGCCAAGGAGCGGGAGAUCGCCCAGCUGGUGGAAGAUGUGCAGAGGCUCCAGGGCAGCCUCACCAAGCUGCGGGAGAACUCCAGCAGCCAGAUCUCACAGCUGGAGCAGCAGCUGACAGCCAAGAACAGCACACUCAAACAACUGGAAGAGAAGCUGAAGGGACAGGCUGAUUACGAAGAGGUUAAGAAAGAAUUGAAUAUACUGAAAUCCAUGGAGUUUGCUCCGUCCGAGAGCUCCGGGGCGCAGGAUGCAUCCAAACCGCUGGAGGUGCUGCUGCUGGAGAAGAACCGCGCGGUGCAGUCGGAGAACGCCACGCUGCGGAUCACCAACAGUGACCUCAGUGGGUCAGCCAGGAGAAAAGGGAAAGACCAGCCUGAGAGUCAGCGUCCUGCAACCUUGCCGGCCUCCCCUCCUUCUCAGUUGCUCCGCAACGCGGGGGAGCAGGCUUCCAAUACUAAUGGUACACACCAGUUCUCACCAACGGGUUUAAGUCAAGACUUUUUCAGCUCAUCCCUGGCGAGCCCCAGCUUACCCCUGGCCUCCACAGGAAAAUUUGCACUAAACUCUCUCCUCCAGCGACAGCUAAUGCAGUCCUUCUACUCCAAGGCAAUGCAGGAAGCAGGAAGCACAAGCAUGAUUUUUUCAACAGGUCCUUACAGCACAAACUCCAUAUCUUCCCAAAGUCCAUUACAACAAAGCCCGGACGUAAAUGGCAUGGCCCCCUCUCCCAGCCAGUCAGAAAGUGCUGGGAGCGUCUCUGAAGGCGAGGAGAUAGACACGGCCGAAAUUGCCCGUCAGGUGAAAGAGCAGUUGAUCAAGCACAAUAUUGGCCAGCGGAUAUUUGGACACUAUGUGUUGGGACUGUCGCAAGGGUCCGUCAGCGAGAUCCUGGCCCGGCCAAAGCCAUGGAAUAAACUGACUGUGAGAGGCAAGGAGCCCUUUCAUAAGAUGAAGCAGUUCCUCUCGGACGAGCAGAACAUCUUGGCUCUCCGCAGCAUCCAGGGUAGACAAAGAGAGAAUCCAGGCCAGAACCUGAACAGACUAUUUCAGGAAGUACCGAAACGAAGAAAUGGGUCUGAAGGUAACAUAACCACAAGAAUCCGAACCGCAGAGGCUGGCUCUGAUGAAGCCAUCAAAUCCAUUCUCGAACAAGCCAAAAGGGAGCUGCAAGUACAGAAAACAGCUGAGCCGGCUCAGCCGCCUUCUGCAGCUAGCAGUGGCAAUUCUGAUGAUGCUAUUCGAUCCAUUCUGCAACAAGCCCGACGGGAAAUGGAGGCCCAGCAGGCUGCCCUUGAACCUGCCUUAAAAACACCACCCUUAUCUCAAGCUGACAUUUCUAUCCUGUCCCCCAAGCUAGUAUCUACACCUGCAAUGUCUUCGGUUUCCAGCUAUUCUCCUUUGGCCAUAUCCCUGAAGAAACAUUCAUCUGUCACUGAUUCCAGUAUCUCUGCAUUGCAGAACCUCUCAGGGCUCAAAAAGGAGCCUCAGGAGGCAGCUGUUUUAGAGCUUCAUGGAAUGAGUGAUUCUGCCCAGGGUAUGUUGAGGCAUGUUAAGAAUGAGUUGGGACGUGGUGGUGUUUGGAAGGACCAUUGGUGGAGUACUGUGCAGCAUGAGAGAAGAAAUGCAGCUCUUCCCGAAGAAGUGAAAGUUGAGGAAGCCAGUGGUGGAAAAGAGAAGGUCAGCAAUCAGACUAGGCCAGACCGUAGCCAGCUCCAAGGACCAUCUUCUUCUUCAGAGUACUGGAAAGAGUGGCCAAACGCCGAGUCUCCCUACUCCCAGAGUUCUGAACUGAGCGUGACUGGGGCCAGUCGCAGUGAGACGCCACAGAAUAGCCCCCUCCCUUCGUCCCCUAUCGUGUCCUUGUCCAAGCCAUCCAAACCUGCAGUUCCUCCACUGACACCCGAGCAGUAUGAGAUUUAUAUGUACCAGGAGGUGGACACGAUAGAGCUAACGCGGCAGGUGAAGGAAAAGCUAGCAAAGAAUGGCAUCUGCCAGAGGAUCUUUGGGGAAAAGGUGUUGGGGCUGUCCCAAGGAAGUGUCAGUGACAUGCUCUCCAGGCCAAAGCCAUGGAGCAAAUUGACCCAAAAAGGCCGAGAACCAUUUAUUCGUAUGCAGCUCUGGUUGAAUGGUGAGCUGGGACAGUGUGUCCUGCCUGCACAAGGGCAGCAACAAGGACAAGUCCUUCACUCUGUGACAUCAUUACAGGAUUCCCUACAGCAGGGAUGUGCAAGCUCAGAAAGCACUCCAAAGACCUCUGCCAGUUGCAGCCCUGCUCCUGAAUCUCCCAUGAGCUCCAGUGAGUCAGUGAAGAGCCUGACAGAGCUGGUGCAGCAGCCCUGCCCCGCCAUAGACACCAGCAAGGAGGGCAAGCCCCAGGAGCCCAGCGAGCCGCCCGCCUCCGACUCCCAGUCCACCACCCCCGUGCCGCUCUCAGGCCACUCUGCACUCAGCAUCCAGGAGCUGGUGGCCAUGUCCCCUGAGCUGGACACCUAUGGCAUCACCAAGAGGGUCAAGGAGGUGCUCACGGACAACAACCUGGGUCAGCGUUUGUUCGGGGAGACAAUCCUAGGGCUAACACAAGGCUCUGUCUCAGACCUGCUGGCUCGCCCCAAGCCCUGGCACAAGCUGAGCCUGAAGGGACGGGAACCCUUUGUGCGCAUGCAGCUGUGGCUGAACGAUCCCAACAACGUGGAGAAGCUGAUGGAUAUGAAACGAAUGGAGAAAAAAGCCUACAUGAAGCGGCGGCACAGCUCGGUCAGCGACAGCCAGCCCUGCGAGGCCUCCUCCGCCGGCAUCGACUACAGCCAGGGAGCCAGCCCCCAGCCCCAGCACCAGCUGAAGAAGCCCCGGGUGGUGCUGGCACCGGAGGAGAAAGAAGCUCUGAAGAGAGCCUACCAGCAAAAGCCAUACCCAUCCCCCAAAACCAUAGAGGAGCUCGCCACGCAGCUCAACCUGAAAACCAGCACCGUCAUCAACUGGUUCCACAACUACAGGUCUCGCAUCCGCCGGGAGCUGUUCAUUGAGGAGAUCCAAGCCGGGAGCCAGAGCCAGGCCGGGUCGAGCGACUCUCCCUCCGCCAGGAGCAGCAGGGCCGCUCACAGCUCCGAGGGGGACAGCUGCGACGGCGUGGACGCGGAAGGCCCAGCUGAGGGGAAGCCGAGCGGCCCGGAGGCGGAGGAGUACAGCAAUGCAACCACAAAGUCUCAGGGAGGGUCAGCGGAGUCGGCUUUCGAGGCGGGGGAAGAGGCACCGCAAGGCACUGCCAGGUCUUCGGAGAAAGCGGAGCCCUUCCAGGCAGAGAGCCUGGAGGACGCCGACAACGAGGGCAGGCUCAGAGCACCGCGCCAGAGCUCGCCGCCGGCACCGCAGUGCCCGGGAGAAGCUCCGGAGACACUGCCAAACUCUGCCACGGAAGGGGAUGCCUCUACCUCAGCUGCCUCCACCUCAGUCCUUACAGGGGAGAGCUCCUACAAGUCAAAAGAAAGUUCAGAGAAAAUCUCCAGUGUGCCAAGUACGAGCUCGACACCAGCCUCGGGCCCGCCGAAAGCCAGCUCCCUGCAGAGCUUGUUCGGCUUCUCCGAGGCGGCGAGCUCCAGGAACACGCGAGACAGCUCCUUGAGGAAAAAGAAAGCGGCCAACUUGAACAACAUCAUCCACCGGCUGGAGAAGGCGGCGAGCCGGGAGGAGGCCGUCGAGUGGGAGUUCUGAGAUUCAAACUGGCCCCAACUCGGGAGAGCUGGGCAGCGAAACUGGACCUCUACUGGUUUUAUUGUGUUGCGCACUUAACCGCCCUGCGGGCCACAGGGCAAAAACGCCAUAGGCCAAGGUGCAUAUAGAAACAAAAAGGAGCGUGAAGCCCAAUUUAUGUUUUGUGUUUUCGAGGGAGAAAACUGAAAUGUGUAGUCCCGAGCUUUUUUUGUACCCUGAAGUGUUUUUAUUAUUGCCCUAAAAGCGAUUUCCACGGUUUUCUGGAAUAACUCAUACAGCUUUUGCCUUGUGCCCUCCUUCUUUGGUGUGGGCUUUAAAAAAAUAAAGGAAAGGAAAGGAAAGGAAAGAAAAGAAAGAAAUGGAAAGGAAAAAAAAAAAGGAAAGGAAAAAAAAAAAGAAAUGGAAAGGACAAAAAAAAGAUGGAAAGGAUAAAAAAAAGAUGGAAAGAUAAAAAAAGAGAUGGAAAGGGAAAAAAAGAUGGAAAGGAAAAAAAAGAUGGAAAGGAAAAAAGAUGGAAAGAAAAAAAAAAAAGAUGGAAUGGAAAAAAAAGAGAUGGAAUGGAAAAAAAAAGUGAGGGAAAGAAAAAAAGAAAUGGAAAGGAAAAAAAGAUGGAAAGAAAAAAAAAUGGAAAGGGAAAAAAGAUGGAAAGGAAAAAAAAAGAAAUGGAAAGGAAGGAAAAAAAGAAAAAAAAAGGAAAAAAUAAAGGUGGGGAAAGAAGAGGAAAAAAGGAAGGGAAAAAAAGGAAGGAAAAAAAAGGAAGGAAAUAAAGGAAGGAAAAAAAGAAAAAAAAAGAAAAACAAGGAAGGAAAAAAGAGGAAGGAAAUAAAAGAAGGGAAAAAGGAAGGAAAAAAAGGAAGGAAAAAAAAAAGGAAGAAAAAAAGGAAAAAAAAACGGGGAAAAAUCAGAAUAAAAAUGAAAGAAAAAAAAAAAAGAGAGGAGCAGAAGAAGAAGAAAAAAAUCAAAACCCACAUGUUAAAAGGGGGCUUUUUAUCUGCCAUCUAAUGGCUACCGGAGCGAUAAUACACUAUUAUCUUCUUAAACCAGGAAAGAGUUAAAAAAAGAAUAGAAUAAAAGGGGAGGAUUUUGCAAAAAAAAAAAAAAAAAAAAAAUUAAGAAAAAGAAAAGAAAAAAAAAAAGAAAAAAAAAAAAUUUGUUUUUUUUUUUUUUUGUAGCUGUUCAGUUGCCACUAAGAGAUUGCACAGUCAAAGCGACUCUAAACACACUAGUUUGGAUUCCUACGUAUUUUCAAAGAGAGAGGAAAACAAAAAAAAAAAAAAAGACAAAAGAAAAAAAAAAAACUUGUUUGAAAACUUUGAAUUUAACAAAAAAAAAAAAAGGCAAAAAAAGGCAAAAAAAAAUAAAGAAAGGAAAAGGAUAAAAAAAAAACCACACAACAAAACUGCAUUUACUCCACGUAUUUUUUAACAAAAGAAAAGGAUAUUAAAAAAAAAAAAAAAAAAAACACACAAAAAAAAAAGUCACAUCAGGAAAAAAAAACAAAUAUCUUAAGUUGUGGUAGCUGAUUUUAGUGUUUUCUUGUAAGUGAAAUAGGAUAUUGACACGUAGUGCACAUUGUUUCAUAGCUUUAACUGAUUCUGGGCUUUUGCAGGCCAGGAUUUGUUUAAUACACUCCAUUUUAGGCCAAAUCAGGACAACAACAACAAAAAAAAAUAAUAAAUAACAAAAAAAAAAAAAAA